AUGGCUAUGACACUGGAUGAGUUCACACGUUCUGUGGAUUGUAAUUCACUCCCUAGAGUGCUGCAGAUCCAAUCAGGGGUUUACUCUCAAGGAUCUGUGUACGAAAUGUUUGGGAGAGAGGUCUCCCUCCCCACCGGAGAACUUGUAAAGAUCAUCGCCAUCUCCAUCACCCGUUUUAUAGCACAGAGCUCUGACACCACCGAGAUCAAUUUGCAGCUAAACUACCCAGGUCUGUUUAGGAUUGUAGCAGACAAACAACCAUAUUCCAGCGUUCAAGAGAUAGUCGAUUCCUUGAAGAUCAGUUCUCACAGACUGAGCCAGCCUGUGUUUCACGUGUCGUCUGAUCUUAAACUGUCAAAAGUGAUGGUUAAGAAAGGGGAGAGCUUCCAGAUUACUGCGGUCAGACUGGAUGAGAACGGCGGACAUGUAGAUUGUGAUCUGCUUCAAAGAGAGGGUAAGCAAACCUUCUCUCUCAAAUUGUCACAACAAGGGGACUUUUUUGAAAGCGAAGAUGAUCAGUUCUAUACCCUAAAAGAACUAGCGGAGUGGAAAAUUCCCAAAGGCAGAAAGAGGACGGUAACCGUGGCUAAAUCCCAGAUUAAGAGGGACUCCAUUUUUCCAGACCUGCUGGAAAAUCACAGCGGAGAAUUGACCCUAACACCUGUUUAUGAGCUUCAAGCUGUCAUGAAACUUCGCAAGAAUGUUGUGCUCAUUCCAUCCAGCCUGGAUGUUGAGGUGGUUGAUGUGACAGAUCAGUGUAACAGUGACUGUUUUCUUCAGCCUCUUUCCCUACAUGAUGUCUUCCAGAGACCUGGGGAGAUGUUUCCUAUGUUGGCUGAGGUCAUUGAGAAACCUUUCAACCUCCCUCAUGAUCUGCAAGAACUCUUCCACUCAAAGCAGGUGAUCAUCCACAAAGCUUAUGAGGCCAAACGGAUCCUCUCUUCGGAAAUCCGCAGUGACUCUCCAAGGCAUUUCCUCAUCCCGUUGUCCUACAACGGGAAGUUCAAACGGAGGCCGAGAGAAUUUCCUACUGCCUAUGAUCUACAGAUGGCCAGGAGUGACACGGAACAAUUGCACGUGGUUGCCACCAGGUCUUUUGACUCACACUACGAUGGCCUUUCCUCUGUGCUAGUAGGAGACCAGUUCCUGCUCAAGAAAAGCAAAGCUGGAGAGGGUUUACCUAGUGAUAAAGGCAGAGUUUCGGAUGCUCUGGCGUGUUUGAAGAUCGAGGGGAAGAAAUACGAAUCCGUACGGCUGCCCAUUUUCUUGAACGGAGGCUUUGUCGAGGUGAUACACGACACUCGACAGUACACCAUUGCGGAGAUCUGCCGCUGGUUUCCUUUGCCAUUUAACGUUAAAGUGUCCGUGAGGGACCUGUCUGUCAAGGAGGAUAUUUUGGCGGGAGUGCCAGGCCUUCACAUUGAGGAAGAGAUCACGGACCCUUUCUUGCUCAUUUCGACCCCUGACCUCUUGGUUUGCUGGGAGGUGCCUGUGAAUCGCAUCCAGGUCACCCUGCAGGUGCUGGAGAAGUGGAGAGGCAGUAGCCUGGAGCUCAAUGCUAAUUCGGCAGUAGAGGAGAUAUCUGAGGACUGUUACUACACCAUGAGAAGGUACGUUAUCAGCAAGAAUCAACCACCUCCUAGACCUCCUAAAAAACCCAGGAAUCAGCCCCCAGCACGGCCAGCCAAACUCCACCCGCCCCGACCCGAGAGGUCAACACCAAGCAGCAGUCAGAACUCACCCAAGAGUCCUCGUGUGGACCUGUUAAGUCCAGAGGAAGGCAGCACAGAUUUCACUAACUCUAAAACAGGAAGAGAGGUGAAACCACCUGUGAGUCCCAAUAACGUCCUACCAACACCAUUGUCCAAAUGUGACCUACUCAAAGCCAGUAAGAAAGUGCGAAGCCUGGAUGAUAUGAAAGUUGAGGAUGAGGACGAUCCUCAUGAUUAUGAGUACAUCGAUGAAGAUGAGCUUGAAAACAUACGGAAAAAAUUCAGUGAACAGUCCAUUCACAAGACUGCGCCGGGGAAGCCCAACAACACAAUAUGA